AUGUUGAUGUGGAAACUUUUGAACAAAAAGAAAGCACCAGGAAAGGGGAAAAAUAAAUAUAGAACAUCUGAGAGUUUAAAUCAAUCUCGCCUUCCAUCUCUUUCUAGGUCACACAUCUGGAUACAAUUGGACACAAAGUUCAAAAAGCUGCUAAUUCCCAAAAGACAUACUCAAAGUCUCAAAUGGAUUAAAUCAAUCAAAUCUUCAUCAUUCUUGUAA